AUGAAGUUACUGGUCUUCUCAUUCCUUUUUCUUUCCGCUCUAGCGGUUUAUUCUAAUGCAUUCUCUCUACGAUUCAUCAGAGGUGUACAGCCUGAUAAGGCACCCGCCGAUGCUGAUCAACACCGAGGAUCCCGAUCUGCUGGAAAUAGUGCUCCACACCAAGCCGACGUUGAACCAAAGCCAGUGAAGAGAUUCGCCCCAGACCGUGCACCAAUGGACAUCUUCUCUGCUGAUCAGGAGCAAUCCCGCCCAGCCAGAGCUGCCGGUGAGCAACCAAAGACUCAAGGAGAUGAACAAGGACAACACCGUCCAGCCAGAGCUGCCGGAGAACAAGCUAAAACACAAGGAGCCGACCAGGAGCAAUCCCGACCAGCCCGUGGAGCUGAAGUUCAUGCCAAGACCCAAGGAGCCGAGCAAGGACAGUCCCGCCCAGCCAGAGACACCGAAAUGAGCGCCAAGACCCAAGGACUCGGAGCACAAAUUGGAGCCAAGACUCAAGGAGCUGAACAAGAACAAUCCCGCCCAGCCCGCGGAGCUGAGGUUCAUGCCAAGACCGGAGGAUUUGCACCAAAAACCGACGGAGCCGACCAAGAGCAAUCUCGUCCAGCUAGAGCCACUGAGAUGCAUGCCAAGACCCAAGGAGCCGAUGCUCAAAUUGGAGCCAAGACCCAAGGAGCUGAGCAAGAGCAAUCUCGUCCAGCUCGUGCCGCAGCUAACAUUGGAGCCAAGACCCAAGGAGUUGAUGCCCAGAUCGGAGCUAAGACUCAAGGAGCUGACCAGGAGCAAUCCCGCCCAGCUCGCGCUGCCGGAGAACAGGCAAAGACUCAAGGAGCUGAACAAGGACAACAACGCCCAGCCAGAGCUGCCGGAGAACAAGCCAAACCACAAGGAGCUGAGCAAGAGCAAUCCCGACCAGCUAGAGCCACUGAGAUGCAUGCCAAGACCCAAGGAGCCGAUGCUCAAAUCGGAGCCAAGACCCAAGGAGCCCUCGACCAAGACCAACACAAGCCAAUGAAGAGAGAAGCCGGAGAGCGCAAGCCAAAGGAUCUCUUCUCCGCCGAAGCCAAUGCCAGCCAACACCGUCCAGCCAGAGCUGCCGGAGAGCAAGCCAAACCACAAGGAGCCGAGCAAGACCAAUCCCGCCCAGCCCGUGGAGCUGAAGUUCAUGCCAAGACCCAAGGAGCCGAGCAAGGACAGUCCCGCCCAGCCAGAGACACUGAGAUGAAUGCCAAGACCCAAGGAAUCGGAGCCCAGAUUGGAGCCAAAACUCAAGGAGCCGACCAGGAGCAAUCCCGCCCAGCUAGAGCCGCCGGAGAACAACCAAAGACUCAAGGAGCUGAACAAGGACAACAACGCCCAGCACGUGAGACCGGAGAUGUUGCUGCCAAGACCCAAUCCGCUGACCAGAACCAACACCGACCAUCCAGAGACACCGCUCAUGCCAGUGCAAAGACUCAAGGAGCUGAUCAACACAAACCAAUGAAGAGAGCCGCCGGAGACCGUCACGAGAAGGACCUCUUUUCUGCUGAAGCCGAUGCCAACCAACACCGCCCAGCCCGCGCUGCCGGAGAGCAACCAAAGACUCAAGGAGCUGAACAAGGACAACAACGCCCAGCUAGAGACACCGAGAUGCAUGCCAAGACCCAAGGAGCCGAUGCCCAGAUUGGAGCCAAGACCCAAGGACUUGAGGAGCAAUCUCGUCCAGCCCGUGGGGCCGAUGUUCAUGCCAAGACUCAAGGAGCCGACCAGGAGCAAUCUCGCCCAGCUCGUGCCGCAGGAGAGCAACCAAAGACUCAAUCCGCUGACCAACAACAAUCCCGUCCAGCCAGAGACACCGAAGUGAGCUCCAAGACCACAGGACUCGGAGCACAAAUCGGAGCCAAGACCCAAGGAGCUGACCAGGAGCAAUCUCGUCCAGCCAGAGCCGCUGCCAACAUUGGAGCCAAGACCCAAGGACUCGAGGAGCAAUCCCGACCAUCCCGUGCCGCCGGAGCCCAAGACCCAAAGGGAACUCAACAAGCUGAUCAGGACCAACACAAGCCAAUGAAGAGAGCAGCCGGUGAGAAUGUUGGAGAGAAUGCACAUGGAAAGGGACCACAAGGAGCCGAGUCAUCUCGCCCAGCAAGAGCAUCGGGACAAGUUGGAGCCAAGACUCAGGGAACCGAGAUGGAGCACAGACCAACCAGAGCCGCCGGACAAGAAGCUGGAAAGGGAACUCAAUCCGCCGAUCAACAACAAUCCCGCCCAGCCAGAAAUACUGAGAUGCAUGCCAAAACUCAAGGAGCUGAUGCCCAGAUUGGAGCCAAAACCCAAGGAGCCGACCAGGAGCAAUCCAGACCAGCAAGAGCUACUGCUCAAGCCGGAGCCAAGACCCAAGGAGCCGAGCAAGGACAAUCUCGUCCAGCUAGAGGAGCUGAGGUUCACGCCAAGACCCAAUCUGCCGACCAACAACAAUCCCGCCCAGCUAGAGCAUCUGCCAACAUUGGAGCCAAGACCCAAGGAGCCGAGCAAGGACAGUCCCGCCCAGCUAGAGGAGCUGAGGUUCACGCCAAGACCCAAUCUGCUGACCAACAACAAUCUCGUCCAGCCCGUGGAGCUGAAGUGAAUGCGAAGACCCAAGGAGUUGAUGCCCAAAUCGGAGCCAAGACCCAAGGAGCCCUCGACCAAGACCAACACAAGCCAAUGAAGAGAGAAGCCGGAGAGCGCAAGCCAAAGGAUCUCUUCUCCGCCGAAGCCGAUGCCAGCCAACACCGCCCAGCCAGAGCUGCCGGAGAGCAAGCCAAACCACAAGGAGCCGAGCAAGACCAAUCCCGCCCAGCUAGAGCUACUGAGAUGCAUGCCAAGACUCCAGGAGCCGAUGCCCAGAUCGGAGCCAAGACUCAAGGAGCCGAUCAGGAGCAAUCCCGCCCAGCCCGCUUUGCUGGAGAGCAAGCCAAACCACAAGGAGCCGAGCAAGGACAAUCCCGCCCAACCAGAGACACUGAGAUGAAUGCCAAGACCCAAGGACUCGGAGCCCAGAUUGGAGCCAAGACUCAAGGAGCCGAGCAAGAGCAAUCCCGCCCAGCCCGUGGAGCCGAAGUGAAUGCCAAAACCCAAGGACUUGACCAGGAGCACAAGCCAAUGAAGAGAGAUGCCGGAGACCGUAAACCAAAGGAUCUCUUCUCCGCCGAAGCUGAGCAACAACGACCAGCCAGAGGUGCCGGAGACCGUCACGAGAAGGACCUCUUCUCCGCUGAAGCCGAUCAAGAACGUAUGCGACCAUCCCGAGGAGCCGGUGACCGUCAACCAAAGGAUAUUUUCUCUGCCGAAGUAGAUGACCAUCGUUCCCUUUUCUUCUGGUGA